UUCCGGGUUUGGUUUAGAGUUUGGGUGGAGGUUCAGAGGAGUGAGUGUAGCAGCUCAGGGAGCCCCAGGUGGCUGUUUUGGGCUUUUUAUUUCCCUUUCUCUCCUCCGCUUUUCUUUUCCUGGUUUCCCUUCUUUGUGGCUGUAGCCAGGGCACUCUAACCCCCCACCCCCCGCUUCCUCCUCCCCAGCUCCACUUUGGGGGGAGAAACUCCGGCUGUUUUCCUGUCUCCUCGCUGCAAACAACUUCACCGCUUCUCCUCCUCCCCCCUCCCACUGAGCCAGCUUCUUUCCCCUCUGUCUCCCUGAGUGCAAUGUGCCUCCUGCUGCCCCAUGGCCAGCAGGACUUCUCUCUGCACCUCCCGCACGUGAGCUCCUUUCAGGGCUUCUCCCGGGGUGCAGCGUGAAGUCUCUUCCCCCCGUAAUCUCUCUGCGGAGUUGAGGGUGGGGAAAAGUUUGUGGAUUGUCGGAUUUCCCUCUGAACUCUUGUGGCUCUUGGUUUUGAAUGAGGAUUUCUUGCUCCCGGGAAGUGUAACCCCCGGAGAUGCCUUUCCCGCUGAGGACGGUGGAGCCCCUGAAGCUGUGCAGGUUGGAAGAUGCCGGAGGAGAUGCUCUGCUGGGACCAGCCAAAGCGGGGGACAAAGAGCGAGCGCAGGCGGCCGGCGGGGCUGGGAGCGGCGGGCGCCGGCGCGGCGCGGGGCUGCUGCUGUUCGGCUCGCUGGAGCAGGUCAGCUCGCACUCGCUGGUCUCCCUGCUCUGGCAGCUCUCCGACCUCUCCCGCUGCGCCAGCGACAUCUUCGGCGAGAUCCAGAGCCAAGCGGACGCCCUGUGUCGACGCAGCGCCCGGCUCCAGCGCCGCCUGGGCUCCCUGCGCGCUCUGAGCGCCCGCCUCGACCACCGCCGAGUUAAAAUCCCUGUCUCCAACCUAGAUGAAGAAAGUAGAUGGACAGUCCAUUAUACUGCUCCCUGGCACCAGCAGGAAAAUGUGUUCCUGCCCUCCACGAGGCCACCUUGUGUGGAGGAUCUGCAUCGCCAAGCCAAGCUGAACCUUAAGUCGGUACUAAGAGAAUGUGACAAGCUGCGGAGGGAUGGCUAUCGAAGUUCUCAAUAUUACUCUCAGGGUCCAACCUUCUCUUCUUCUUCCAGUGCAGCCUAUGGAAAUUACCAAGAUGAUUAUGAAGAAAUUGAACGAAAGUCUAGUCUGUUAGACUGCAUAUCUCAGUCUUGCAUUAGCGCCUGCUGUUCCUUGGUUCCAUGGAGCCUCAAGUGUUCAGUCCCUUCCCCAGAGGAGGAAAAGCUUAUUAGCAUCAAGAGAACUAGAACACCAGUUUCAAAUGAAUGUUCUGAUAUCAACACCCAAACUAACUGGACCAAGUCACUUCCAUUGCCAACACCAGAGGAGAAAAUGCGACAGCAAGCACAAGCGGUCCAAACAGAUGUGGUUCCUAUUAAUGUAACUGGGGAGAAUUUCGACCGCCAAGCCAGCAUUCGGCGGUCUCUAAUUUACACAGACACUGUGGUAAGACGGCCGAAGAAAGUCAAAAGGAGAAAGACUAUUACAGGAGUCCCUGACAACAUUCAAAAGGAGCUAGCAGUUGGCACUGGCCAAAGUGACUUCCGUGGGCAUUCAAUGUAUGUCCCAGAUCACUAUUCCACACUAGGGAGACUAGACAGCUACCGCUCUGCUAUGCAGCGAUCUGAAACCAAGGACACCAGCUGCCAGACAGAAGAAGUCAAAGUCGUGCCCCCUUCAGUGAGAAGAAUACGAGCACAGAAAGGACAAGGGAUUGCGGCCCAGAUGUCUCAGUUCUCCAGCUCAUCUGGAAACAUGUCUGUGAUGAGUGAUUCCGCUGGGGUUAUAUUUGCCUCUCGCCUAAAUAACGACAUGGGUUUUCAUAGCCUGCCUCGACCUGGAGCAAGAGUGUCUCUGCAGUCACUAGACCAAAGGCAGAGCAUCUCUAACCAGGCAGACGACAUCGCUGGCACUUUGUCAAACCAGAUAAGCAAGUUGCAGGUUGAUAAUAGUGUGGUCCAUAUGAGGAAUAACCCGAGGACUGAGACACUGCCAAGGCCAAAGUCCCAAGAGGUGAGAAGUUAUGAGAGUGAAAAAGCUGCAAGCCCGGCAUGUGUGGUCUCUCCUCAUGCCACAUAUUCAACCAGCAUCAUACCAAAUGCCACGAUAUCAUCCUCUUCAGAAGUUAUUGUGAUUCAUACCACCCAGAGUGCUGGACCAUUGGAUAGUAAAAUCACCAGCUCACCUUCCUACACAAAACCCAGAGACAGUCCUGUUGCCAACAAUGCAGUAAGCAUGAAAGAAGAUCACCAUUCUUCUAGCGGUAACUGGAGUGAGAGCAGCUCAACGCGCCACUCCCAGACCUCAGACACUAUCUCGUCUAAUGCUAUCAUGAUGCUCUCCCUUGGUGACUCAGCUGUAUCCCUCAGCACUCCAGGAAAUGUGGAGAAUACGUCCCAAAGUAUGAGCUAUAGCUGUAGAAACAAUCUCCCUUUCCCAGGCCACUCCCAGGAUAGCGAUGGCAGGAGUGAAUCCAGUUUUUCAGGGGACAGAUCACAAAGCAACAGUAUAAACAGCACAGAGCACUGGGUGUACAAAUCUAGAGAAAAUGAUGAGACUCCCUCACACAAGCCAACCUGUGCCACUGCAGGUUAUUUCACUCCUGUAAGCAACGUGAGUAGCAGCAGCCUAGAGAGAACUUCUGUCAAAGAAGAUUCAAGUUCUCUGUAUUCAGUGGACCAUGACGGCUACUACACUACCAUGCAUAUGGACUCUGGACUCAAGUCAGGUAAACUAUGCAAUAGUAAUAAUGGUUUUGGAAACCCCAGGCACAGUGUGAUUAAUAUUUUUGAUGGAAAUGAGAAGAAAAAUCAAGACGAGCGGUCAAGCAACAGUGACAAAUCCCUCAUACGAAACAUAUCUUUGAAAAAAGCAAAGAAGCCACCUCUUCCACCAUCCAGAACAGACUCACUCAGAAGGGUCCCGAAGAAAAAAACCCAGUCCAGUGGACAGGUACUUGAUGAAACACUAAUUGCUACCCUCCAGCAUUCACUGCAGUUAAACCUUCAGUGCAAAAAUGGUAGUUCCCCAUCCCAAAGUCCAUGCAGUGAUUAUGAGGAUCCCUGGGUGCUGCGCUCUCGCAGCCAGAGCUCCGUCAGCGCAAGUAGCAGCAUGAUGUCCACAACAGCUCCAAAUAUGUACUCUCUCUGUACUGUCACUCCAUCACAGAGUGACACAAGCAGCAUCAAGUCCGAGUGUGCUGACCAGUGGGGUUACUACAGUGACUAUGCUGGCGUGCCAGAUGAUCAGUUUAAAUGUCCAGUGGCUCGUUCUGCAAGCACUACAGCCAACCUCAAUGAUUACAGCAUCAGCCACCUCAAUGACGGCUCAAGGGCUUCUAUGCCCCAAGUGGCGAGUGGACUGGCCAAACCAAAGAACACUUCUCCAGAGAAGUCUCACAGAGUCACAUCACCAUCUAGUGGGUAUUCUAGUCAAUCAAAUACACCCACAGCACUUACUCCAGUGCCCGUGUUUUUAAAAUCCAUGUCACCAGCAAAUGGGAAACCCAAGUUGAAACCAAAAGUGCCUGAGAGAAAAUCUUCUCUGCUAUCUUCAGUAUCCGUCUCUUCAUCCUCCACUUCUCUUUCUUCCAAUACAUCUACUGAAGGGAGUGUGAACAUGAAGAAACUGGACCCAGCCCUGACCUCCCCUCCUGACGCUGCUGGUCCUCCACCUCCGACACCUCCACAUUCCCCUGAUCAUCCUCUCCCUCCUCCGCCCCCUGCCCCAGCAGAUGGAAUGGAUCUGCCUCCAUUACCAGCUUCUCCCAGCUUCCCUCCACCCCCGCCAGAAGCUAUUAUAAAUCCUUCCUUUCCCCUGAGUGGUCCGUGGUUUCCUUCUCCUCCACAGGAAAUGUCAUUCAGUCCUUUUUCUGCCCCUUCUUCCUCCAUUUUCCCCAAUGUAGUACCUCCACCAGCACCACCUCUUGACCCCAAACUGACACAAGAUGCAACUAAAUUCACACAAUAUUCUUUUAAGAAAUGUAAUCAGGAUGAUUCUGGCUCCAGUGCAGUGAAACAGCCAGCCAACAAGCAAGACUCCAGUAGGCCUGUAAUGCCCUUAAUAACCACCAAAGCACUGCAAAUGGUACAACUGAGGUCUGUGAAAAAAUGUACAGGAGCACAGACUGAACAAUCAGCUGGAUCUAUUUCUGAAGCCAACUCUCAGGAAAAAGCAACUGUAAUUUUCUCACCACAGCCUUCUCUAAAACCAUCUCUUUCACUAAGGCUCAGUAACAGCCUGGAUGAAGAGAUGAAAACUCAUAGUCCUUCCUUCAAAAACUUAGUUCAAACUCCUCCUCAGAGUUCACUUCCAGAUCUCAGUGACAGUGCACCUGAGAUCAGCAGUGGUCAAAAACCUGGAAAUGCAGCAGGUCUAAUACAAACCUUUGAAGCUGAUGUAUCAGGAACAAACAUUGAAGAAGCACCUCAGUCUCCUGUGCAGAAUGAAAAAUCUCACUCUGGCCUUAUUAGUACACCGUUUCAGGUGCCAUCGGGUUCUCCAAACAAGACUCAGGGUAUAUCACCAAACAAGAAGCCACCUCCUAUUUCGAAGAAACCGAAACUGUUCCUCAUUGUGCCACCUCCGCAGCUAGAUUUUACAGCAGAGAAAAUAGCUAACGUGAGUGAUCCUGUCAGAGGCACAUCAAGUCCAACUAGGAGAGAGAUUGCACAUUGCGAAGAAGCAAAAAAUUGUCUUACAGAUGGACUCAGUUCCAAUGAGAUGGACUCGGGCAGAUUGGUUCCUGAGGGAGGAGCUGCUGGUUCCACCUUCUUUGAAACAGUGGAAACCAAUGUCUGUAUGGUACAGCCUGCAGCAUCACCAGUUCAAGAAGCUCCCAAGCAGGAGCAGCAGACCACUUUGGAUGAAGGAAGCAGUUCAGACAGCAAUGGAGACGACAGCAGUAACACUGACAGACAUCUAUCUCAAGAGGAUGAAAGUGCUGAGGUGUUUGAGACAGACACAACAAAUAAUUCAUCACUGCCAAGCAACAGUUACAGGGCACGGAGUGAGGAGGUGGCAACGCCAGCUAGACCGAGAACUACUGAGGAUCUGUUUGCAGCCAUUCACAGAUCCAAAAGGAAAGUCCUUGGCCGCAAAGAUUCUGAAGAUGACCGCACCCGCAACCAUUCUCCUUCGCCCCCAGUAACACCCACUGGUGCGUCCCCAAAUCUAGCUUCCCUGAAGCACGCAGGAUCAAUUCAGAGAAGCAUUCGCAAGAGCAGCACCAGCAAUGAUAACUUCAAAGCCCUGCUGCUGAAGAAAGGAAGCCGCUCAGACACCAGUUCCCGCAUGUCAGCAGCAGAGAUGCUGAAGAAUACAGAUCCGAGGUUCCACCGAACAAAGUCAGACUCUUCCCUUGAGUUUCCCGACAGCCCUGCGAGCUGUUCCCCCAGCAAGAACAAAAGGGCCCAGGAAGAAUGGGCCAAGAGUGAAGGCCUGAUGCCAAGGAGUAUGUCCUUUUCCAGCACUAGGUAUGGCAGGUCGCGAACACCACCCUCUGCUGCCAGCAGCAAGUACAAUGUCCGGAACCGUAUCCAGAGCAGUCCCAUGACUGUUAUUAGCGAGGGAGAUGGGGAAGCAGUCGAACCAACAGAGAGCAGGAUCCGUAGGACUUUAAAAGAGCAGCAAGAGAGCCAGCUCAAUGUGUUUGACAGCGAUGACAUGGACAUGAAUGAUUUUCUGUAUGCUGAGGAGGCCGAUUCCAAUGAGACGAAGGCUCCAACCCACUUAGACUUAAUGACUCAACUGGUAAAACCAAAUGCUUCAAACAAGUGUCUAAGCCCUUCAGACGAAAAAAGUUAAGAAGUGAGGACAAAGGCAUUUGGUAUUAGUCUUUCAGAUGGUAUAUAGAAUGAGUAAGCAACAGAUCCCAGGAGAAAGCCCAGUCCAGAACAGUUUAUUUUGCUGAGCGUUUAUUACAUGAACUUCAUAUGUGCAUUGAACACUGGAGCACUGAUUGCUCUGCAGGGUUGGGUUGGGUAGGGUGGGGCUUGCUUUGAGUAGGUGGUCUGUGACUUUAAAGAAAGUAACAGUUGAACUUUUUCAUAAGCCUUAAAAGUCCUGUCUGAGAGAGUUUCCUCAGAUCCUUUGGGGUGUGAAUUUUUUGAUACUUUUUGAUUGUGGGAGCAAAAUUUAGAGUAAGCCUGAAAAGAAGAUGGAAAGCUUCUGUGGUACAAAGGGGCAGUUGCUUUAAGGCAUUAUAUUUCUGAGGCUUGGGAAGUGGAUGAGAUGCGUGGCCUAUUGGAGGUAGCAGGGCUAGCGCUGCACAACUUCUUUUCUGUGUGGGCGCCUGUUAAUUUAAGCAUGUUGUAUUAAUGUAAAAAGAUUAAUAGAUUAUGAAUUGGUGUAGGUACAUUUUUCCAGAGGAAAAUAUACACUUUUUAAACCUAACACAGGAGAGUGGGCACAGUUGUAAUACAGUACUAGCUGCUGUGCAGCCAUAGUGACAGUCACACAAACACACUCUCAUUUCCAAGUGAAUUGCUUACUUGAUUGGAAACUGCGAGAACUGAAAUAACAGGAUGCAUAUUUAUAAAGAGAAUGUAAGUGAAUAAUAGGAAAAUGGGAGAGGAAUAAGCAAUACACUGCCAGAUUUGGAAAGUUUCAGGUGUCUGAAAUGAAAUUAAUCACAAAACAUGAAUUUGAGAGUUUGCACCACAGAGCAGUGGUGGAGCCUUUCCAUUUAAAUUAAACGUGGAGGUUACAUUUUGCCAGAAGUUUUUCUUCCAUUUAUCAAAAUGGGAAGACUUCUUAUAACUUUCAUCACUUGAAAUGUCAAAUAUUUGCUAACUUUUGGUUACCAAAGAGUAAGUUAGUUAUUUUCCUUUUUGAUUUGCCUGCAGUAUUUCUAUUUUUAGGAAAAUAUUUUUAGCAAGGUUUGUUUUAUUUUAUUGUAUAUUUUACUGAUGGUAAUAAAAGUGUUUAAUGGUUUUCAUUUUUAAAGAAAACAGUUGAUUAAAACUGAAACAUUGGCUGGAGUUUUUGGUUCGUAGUAGGAAGGAAGCUUUUAAUUUUGAAUAGGAUUUUUGCAUCAUUUGAUGGUUUGUGCAGUUUUUAUAUUGAUUGUAAAUAAUGGAAGUUGUUAAAUACCUUUUGAUCUUCCCACUUUAGAAUUUAUACAUUUUUAGACUGCUUUAAGAAGAAACACUCUCUUUGUAGAUUAUUUAUUUUAGUGAAAUAUGCUUGUAAUCCCUUUCUUCAAUCCCUUAUUUGUUAGUAAUGUAAAUUUCCGGGGUCUUCACUUAACUCUUCCCUUCAAAAGAGGGGGAUGAUGACAAUGCUGUGACUCUGCUUAAAUAAAACAAGGCUGCCAAUUGC